UUUAAUUUUAAUUUUUUAUUUUCUCAGAAAUGGCACAAUCCCUUUCUUGAAUGGGACAAAAAAAAGCACGGAGACAUUGAAUAUAUCCACGUCAGUCCGACGGAAAUAUGGGUUCCAGAUAUAAUUCUAUACAAUAAGUACGUGGUCUGUCAUUUUACUUGCGGUCCGUUAAUUUGUUUGUUUGAUUGUUUACAUUUCCAUUAGCGUUUUCCCCCUGAAUUUAAUUGUGUAAGCUCAAAAUCUUUGAUUAAGUCUGGGUAAUCUAGCGAUAGCUUACUUCUGUUGAUGAAAGAAUUCUACUUUUAUCUUGGUAUUCACGAUCAAACCGUAAAUUACAUGUCCUUGCAGUAGUGAUAAACAAGUCAUUCAAGCAGGACAUACUGAAUUCUUCAAGAGCUGGGUAUUGCUAUACAGCAACGGGACAUGCGUAUGGAACGCACCUGCUAACCUGGAGAGUGCGUGUGAUAUUGAUAUCAGCUCCUUUCCUUUUGACAAGCAAAAGUGCUCGCUUUCCUUUGGAUCUGUGGCCUAUGGAAGCGAAUUACUACGUAUCCACCUUAUUAAUUCAGUGGGACAUAAAAAAACCGAAACAGGUAUCGUAUUUACUUGGAACUGUUUUUGGUAUGGCGCAAAAACGACGCAAAACAUGGUAAUAAAAACUUAACACUAAAAUAUCUGAAAUAUACCAGGACAAAUUUUUUCCUCCGUCAAGCCUUGCCGCCAUGGGCGUGAAUAAUAGAGGGAACAGCAACUAAUUCUUCAAGAGUACGAACAAUCUUUAACGAAAAAACUAUUGUUGAUUUAGUAACAAGUAAUUAACUUGAGUUGAUUCUCUUGAUGUGAUGGGAAGUCUUUCGAAGAGAUGGUGUUGAUCAUUGAAAAAGUUUCUUUUCAUGCCAACCCAGUCUUUUUUUCUUUUCCUUCUUUCAGAGGGCAAUGGUGAGUGGUGUAUCGAGAAAACAUACCCAGAAGUUUAUAGUGGACAAAGACCAAUGUCUUUCCAGGAGUUCUCGUUCAUCAAGUACACGCUGAUAAUUAAGCGACAGUGGUUCUAUUACGCCAUGUUCCUGAUCCUUCCUUGUGUUAUUUGCACUGUACUGGUUCUGUUUAGCUUUGCACUUCCUCCUGAAAAUGGCGAACGGAUUGGUUUCUGCUCGACUAUAAUGGUCUCUGUCAGUGUAUUUCUCCUUCUCAUAGCGGACAUGCUCCCAGAGAAAUCAGAUAAUCUGCCCAUUCUCGGUAUCUACUAUACUAUCACCAUGGUGGAGAUCGCCUGCGUCCUGGUAGCCACCAUCCUAGUGCUUAGAGCCUACCAUUCAACAAGUGAACCACCCGCUUGCUGCAGAGCUCUGUACAGAAUGUUUAAUAAAAAGAGGAAGAAAAAGAUCCUUAAUACAACUGAAACAAAAUUCAAAAUGAAAAGGCUUAUGAAUCGAAAUGCCAUUGACAGCGAGCUGACGAGAGUGGAAAACAAUACGGAGUCGGUUUCUCCGCCCUCAAGACCCGAAGCUGAACACCCGCCAAUCAAGAAAAAUGAGAGUGAACCGACUGACGAAGAAAACAGAAAAAUAUGGCGUGCCAUUUCGGUCUCUUUUGAUCGACUCUUUUUCUGGCUGUUUUUGCUGACUUUCCUUGCUUCCUCUGCAUACAUCAUAGAGUCCAAUCUGCGGAUUUCCUUUCAAAAGUGA